CGUUUAGCUCAAUGAGGUGACGGUCAGUGGGAGCCGAUGGUGGCAGUUUUGUGGACACUUUUUCCAUUAAAACAGCCAGUUUGGGCCUCUCUAUAAGAUCAACAUGAAUGCAGAAGGGUACGACAGCCUCAUGGCCGCCAAGCUGAUGGCCAGCAACGUCACCAACAAGAACGACCCGCGGUCGCUGAACUCCCGGGUGUUCAUCGGCAACCUGAACACGGCCGUGGUGAAGAAGACCGACGUGGAGGUGCUCUUCGCCAAGUACGGCAAGAUCGUCGGCUGCUCGGUGCACAAGGGCUACGCCUUCGUCCAGUACGCCAACGAGCGCACCGCCCGGACGGCAGUGGCCGCCGAGGACGGUCGGAUCAUUGCGGGGCAGCCGCUGGGUGAGUGCGGGCCCCCCCGCUGGCAGCUUCUCGCCCGCCUGUCCUGGUUUGGGUGGGUUGGGGGUGGGGUUGAGCGGGACGCGUGGGUCGCUCCCGGCUGUCGGGGGAGCGGGCGUGUGUGGGAAGCGGGUCGCGGACCGAGAGUGGGCGCCCUCUCCUGA